AUGCAAAUGCUAACCUGGGCCCUCGCCUUCCUUGUUAUCCACCUAGCCCGAGUCGCAUUCUCUCGCUUCUCCUGUUACAAACACAUUCAUCAACGCUAUGGUUCACGCUAUGCUCUCCCUAACGACCCCGCUUCUUCUUCCAAACCUCGAAUGAUCGAUUCUUACCGCGGUGUUCGUGAUGCCCAACGUAUCAGUCGACUUUUCGCAACCGUCGACUUUCCUUUUCUCUUCACCAAGUCGCUCGAGUUUGCUCUUUUCCGAUCUUACGGUAUACCGACCAUCUCCUCUCUGCUGCUGCACACUGGUCAGUUGGGUAAAGCGGAGAAUGCUGCCAGGAGGUACGUCGAUACUGCUACCCUGAUCCAGGCAUUUACCACUUUCCCUCUUCCCCGUCUUGAUCUGCCGGAUGGAGGUGAGGCUGAAGCGAACAACCCUGUCCCAGGCGAAGACAACCGGGAGCUUUUCGGAGAAGCCCUCGAUGAUCCGCGCUCAGCUAUAGCUCUGGCCAGAGUCAACUUCUUGCAUGGGCGAUGGAGGAGUAAGAUCAGCAACGAUGACCUGUUGUACACGCUAAGUACGUUCAUCAUUGAGCCGGCCAAAUGGAUCGAUCGUUGCGAAUGGAGGAAGACGAGCGAGUUGGAGAAAGAAGCUCUCUUUGCUCUGUUCUACCAUAUUGGACGAUGUAUGGGCAUCAAACGUAUUCCUGAGACAAGGGAGGAGCUGAUCGAGUGGAGCGUUAACUACGAGUGCCAACAUAUGGUUUUCGAGAAGUGUAACAAAGAAGUUGCGGACCACACUACAAAUCUUUUGCUCUACUCCCUCCCCAAAGUUUUGCAUGGUUUUGCGAGGAAUAUGGUUUCCUCGCUUAUGGAUGACCGGUUGCGGCAUGCUAUGGGCUACACUGUGCCUCCGAGCUGGCUCGUUGGGUUCAAGGAUGCGCUUCUUCGCAUUAGAGCUUUCGUUACUAGAUACCUGCUCUUACCCCGCAGGAAACCGCUAGUCAAUAUCCCAAUUGCUAACGACGAAGAAGGGAGAGUAUUCUCGAUCCAACACUUGCUCAACGAAGGGAUUCCAGCAGUCUGUCCUGCAUCAGGCGCACGUGCAUCGGACGGCAAAACUUGCCCCGUUGGCGGUCACCUCCACGCUCCUACCCCUGCGAACAAGGAAGAAGGAGGUUUCAAACCGGCUGCGUGGAGAAUGGAGCUCAAAUGGUACGAGAAUGAACCGGUUUACUCUCGACCCUACUCCAAAGGCUCGGUAAGGUGGUACGCAGAGGAGGUGAAAAUUGUGCUGGGGUUGUUGAAGAGGGAGGAGAGGAGAGGCGCAAAGAAGUGGUUGCCCGUCACCCUACCCCCUCCUGAAGAGGUGAAAGGGAAGGAGGAUAAGGGGAAGGGAGAUGUCGUGGAGGGCUUGGGAGGGUUCAGGUUGGAAGAAAUGGGGCCGAAGGGGUUGGAAGUGAAGGGAAGGAAGGAGGUUUUAGCUGAUGCCGAGAGAUUGUUUGGUGGCAAGAUUGAGGGGAAGUGGGCUUUUGAGCCUUGA